UUUCAAAUGUCGCUCCUGUAGCUUCAGCAUUGGAAUCUGGAAGCUUUCAUUCUCCUGUUGAUGAAAAGUUGAUUUUGAAGUUUGUGGUUGAAGAGAUGCUGAUUGGUCACGCAGAUCACAUAUCGGAGUCAAGAUCAUUGAAGGAUCAGAUACUUGGCUACUCUGGGUCUGAAUUAAGUGAUGAUGAAGAGGAAGAUUGUUUGGAACAGAUACUAUACUCAGCAUCCUUUGAAGAGCUUGCAAGCAAUUACGUUAAAUAUGACACGGUCAUAUGGCUUGCUAUAUCAUUACUUCUAGUUUUAGCUUGGGGAAUUGGCCUUCUUAUGUUGCUUUACCUGCCCAUCAGGAGAUAUGUGCUUCAAAAGGAUUUGUCUUCUCGCAGAUUAUAUGUUACAUGUACCGAAGUAGUUUACAAGGUAUCAAGACCUUCAUUUAUACCAUUUUGGGGGACUGUAACAAUUGAGAGGCGUGUACCUCUUUCUCUGGUCAUUGAUAUUAUCAUUGAACAAGGUACUGAUGCAGGCAUACCAUAA